AUGGCGGCGCGAGAUGAGCAGGCGCCGCUGCUUGGGCGGGUGCGGGAGGCGUGCUGCGCGGCGCUGCGCGGCGCCGGCCUCGAGCCGCGCGACGUCUACUCCGUCGAGAUGUUGGGAGGCCUCUCGAGGAUGCCUGCCGUCGGGGAGGCCGUCUCUACCUCCUUCCAGAUGCCGACGCGCCGCUCGCUCAACGCGGAGGAGGCACGAGAUCUGGGGAGAGAUGGGGAGAUGUUCCGCUUCUAG